AUGGCCAUCAUGAAGCGGUCUCAGACAAAGGACGUUGAUCUUGCCGUCGGUCCUGCAUUGGCAGCAUUACUGCCACAAAAUCCCAAGCCGUGGUACCGAACACGGCACCUCUUGCUCCUCAACUGUAUCCUCUUGAUACCAUGGCUGUCUGCUACAGCCUACGGGUUCGAUGGCUCGAUGAUGAACGGUCUCCAGUCGCUGCCACAGUGGCGGAACUAUUUCGACAAGCCCAGUUCCUCAAUCCUCGGGACCAUGAAUGCCGUCUACCCGAUUGGCAAAUUCUUUGGCCUCUUCGCCACCGCCUGGCUUGGGGACCGAUAUGGAAGAAAGCUGCCCAUGUACUUUGGCUUUGCCUUGCUAGUGGUUGGUGCUGCACUGCAAGGAGCGGCGCAGGACGUGGCGAUGUUUAUCGUUGCACGCCUCUUGCUGGGCAUCGGCACCGCCGGCGUCUCGCAGCCUGCGCCCAUUUUGAUCUCUGAGCUUGCAUACCCAACUCAUCGUGGCCGUCUCACCGCCAUGUACUAUAGCACAUACUAUGUCGGAGGAAUCAUCGCGGCCUGGAGUACUUACGGUACUUUCCGUAUGCAAAACACCUGGUCAUGGAGGAUUCCCUCACUUCUGCAGGGAGCAGUGCCCUUGUUUCAGCUGUGCUUGCUGUACUUUGUUCCGGAAUCACCCAGGUUUCUGAUAUCCAAGGGCCGGACAGAAGAGGCGCGGCGACUGUUUGUCAAGCAUCACGCAGGCGGAGACGAGUCCUCCCCAAUGGUUGCCUUUGAGAUCAGCGAGAUUCAAAAGGCCAUCAGCCACGAAAAGACCAUUCACUCGGAAACCUCGUAUCUCGACCUCGUCCGAACCAAAGCAAAUCGCAAGCGCACCUUGAUUGCCGUCAUCGUGGGUUUCUACGGGACCUGGGCUGGUGUCGCCGUCAUUGCGUAUUAUCUGACCCUGGUGCUGGACACCAUUGGAAUCACGUCGGCCAGCAUGCAAACCCUCAUCAACGCCAUCUUGAACGUGGUCAAUUUCGUGGUAGCUGUGCUUUCCGCCGCGUUGGUCGACAGGAUAGGCCGUCGUCCUCUCUGGAUCUGGGGCGUCAUCGGCAUGUUCGUGUCCUAUCUGGUCUGGACAGUGCUCUCGGCCAAAUUCCAGGAAACGCAUCGCUCGGCGUAUGGCAACGCAGUCCUGGUCUUCAUCUUUCUGUACAAGGUCUUCUACGACGGCUGCUAUUCCCCCAUGCUCCUCGCAUAUCCCAUCGAAAUCUUUCCUUAUACGCUUCGCAGUCGAGGGCUGAGUGCAUCCAUGGCGACCAACCAGGUUGCUUUGAUCAUGGCACAAUUCGUCAACCCGAUCGCUCUCGAUGCCAUCGGAUGGAAAUACUACAUUGUCUUCUGCGUUCUCCUCUUGAUCUUCUUGGCCCUCAUCUACUUCUUCUUCCCCGAAACCAAGGGAAGAACGCUGGAAGAGAUUGCGGGCGUCUUUGAGCAGGAAAGUGCCGCCCUCGGCCAGGAUGCAGUCAAAGAGAUGCAGGCGGAGGCGGAGCUUGUCGAGGUGGUUGAACCAGCGCCCGAGAGGCGGAAAGGAGCAGCAACAAGAACAGCACUUCGACAUUCUGCCAAUGGCGCAGACCCUCAAGCCGGGUUGCGUAAAGAAAAAGGCUGCAUCAGGUUUGGCUGA